GCCAGAUACACCAAGGUUAUCAAAUUCCUCUUGGUGAGACCCGAGGCUAUUUAUUACAUGUUACACCACUGUGACGGCAUGAGGGGCUUGCCUGGUGUUGACUGGCGAGUAUUCAACGUAAUCAUAUUACCGGCCCGGGGAAAGCUGAGCGGAAAGCGACGUCGACGACUCGAUCUCACCGUCAUCUUGAACCCUUCCCCGCUCCGUGUGACAUCGCGUUGAUUAUCUUGAUUACUCUGGAAUCAAAUCGACCAUCGGAACGUCCUACCGUGGAGGAAUAGGCAGAAAUAUCCUUGCUGCUUACCCAUAUCCUCUUGAAACACCAUACACGGAGACCGAUCAUGUAGCGGAGAGCCCAUCCAAUAACCCGCAACGAUGGUGCUCUCGCUGCCCGUCCCCAGCUUCUCCAAAUCGGCCUCUUCUCCGCUGCGCUCUCGAGAUGGCAACAGUCUGCCUGUUCAGCGUGGAUCUCCUGAAACUCCUGUCACAAAGGGUGCCGUCAAGGCAAUCACCCCGGUCACCGCCUCUCCCAGCGGCUCAUCGACUCUGAGCGAAGCGCUUCGCAAUAAUCCCUUUGGAACAACACCGCGAUCCCGUGCUAUCGAGGCCCUCUCCCGAGAGGCGGGCGAGCGUCGAGAGCAGGAGGAACUGAACCAUGCGUUGGUGACUUUGACGCAGCUUUUCCCCGAUGUCAAGAUCGAGGUCUUUCGUGAGCUACUGAUACGGUUCGAUGGCCAGAGCAGGCUGCAAGUGGUCGUGGAACAGCUUCUCCGUCACAAGAAUGAGUGGGUGAGGGGGCGAUGGAACGUGUCAGACAGUAAUAGUAAGGAAGGGGACAACGCGGCCGACGAGUAUGUCGCGAGGGCCAACAAUGAAGACGACCUGGUGCCGGUGGACGAACGUUUCCGCAGCCAGGAAUACAAGGCUGCCGUCAAGACUACCUUGUCAAAGGAGUUUGGUGGGCUGAGUCGGAGCACUAUUGAUGCUGUCCUGGCCGAGACGAACUUCUCCUAUAUUCGUGCACGUCCGAUCCUGCGUGAUCUCUCGCGGAGGACAUGGCGCGCAACAUUUGGCAAUAUCUUCCCUUUCAAGCGGAAGAAGGAUAAAGACGACCACCCGCUCCUGCAAUGGCAUCGGGCUGCCGACGGUGAACUCGUACCCAGGUUAAAAGAAACCGGGAACGGAGAGCUUGAUAGAGAGCUUCAUGGCAUGCUUCUCGCGCCCAUGCUGUCGCAGAGGAGAGAGGAGCAGGAGCAACGGGACCGGGAACUAGCGGAGAAGCUUAAUGAGAAUGAAGCAAAGGCUGUCGAUGCCCUCUACGAGUGUGAAUGUUGCAUGUCGGAUGUUACGUUCGAGCAGAUAUCUACGUGUUCUCACAGUUCGCAUAUCAUCUGUUAUGGUUGUAUUCAGCGGACGACCCACGAGGCUCUAUUUGGCCAAGGAUGGGGGAGGUCGAUCGACCCCGAGAAGUCGACGCUGAGAUGCGUGGCUCCAGUUGCCCAAGGCACCUGCGAGGGCACGCUGCAUCCCGAGAUCGUCAAAAGGGCCAUCUUAUCAGAAAAGGCGGGUGCGGAAGUCUAUCGCAAGUUCGAGGACCGGCUGGCGUCCGAAGCACUCCUCAAGUCUCAGUUGAAACUUGUCCGUUGUCCUUUCUGCUCUUAUGCUGAAGUUGACCCUGUUUAUCACCCACCACCGGAUGGAUUCAAAUGGCGUUUCCGCCGUGGAACCCUUGUCUCUACGAUUCUAAUGAUUAUUUUUCUUCUUGAGUUGAUACCCCUGCUUGUUAUUCCUCUAAUUGUUCUUCUUUUGCUUAAUCCUCCCGCCGUAGCGGACAUCUUAACCGCGUCUCUCCAGAAUCUCUGCCUCAAACUCCGCAGUCAACGCUUUAUCUGCGCAAAUCGGGCAUGCGGGCGUGCCAGCUGCAUCACCUGUCAGAAAGCCUGGCGAGAUCCGCAUGUCUGUCAUGAACCUCUCCUUCUCUCACUCCGAAACACGGUCGAAGCCGCGCGGACGGCUGCUAUCAAACGCACCUGUCCACGCUGCGGGCUGUCAUUCGUCAAGUCCUCUGGCUGCAACAAACUGACCUGCAUUUGCGGGUACUCCAUGUGCUACCUCUGCCGGAAAGCACUUGGGCCACCAUUGAAAAACAACGGCCCUCGACGUCGACCCCGACAGAACCAAGAAAACGAACCAUUUGCCGACCAAGACGACGACGACAAUGCAGAACCCGAAGAAGCAGAAGGCUAUAAACACUUCUGCGAACACUUCCGCAUCAACCCGGGCUCGCGCUGCACCGAAUGCAACAAAUGCGACCUCUAUCUCGCCGAGGACGAAGAGGCCGUCGCCCGCCGUGCAGGCGAGAAAGCCGAACGCGAAUGGCGUAUCCGCCAGGGCAUGGUUGGCGUGACGCUGGCCGCUCCUGCUGCGUCUCGUGCAGAUGACCGAGCUCGGAGGCUCGGCGCCGCAUGGCCCUGGGAUCUACAGCUGAACAGCGGCAAGCGAUGGCGAUACUGGAUGGAAGACGUAUGGCGAGAAGGGAGAUGGAAAUCGGAAGGACAGGCGUUUAUCGAUUGGAUUGUAGAGAAAGUUGUUGUCGUCGAGGGCGUUUAAAAUUCUCAUUCUUUAAUCAAUUUUUUUCUACUUCCGUUCUUUUCUAAAUUUCUCAUCUCUAUCGUGUUUGCAAGGGAAGAAGAGGACGAAACUGCGAUAUCCUACCUACCUACUCCCUUGCUUAUGAAAUACAAGUUAAAAGAAGUAAAAAAAAAAACAAAAACAAAAACAAA